AUCGGGCCGUGAUAUUAGUGCCAGAAGUUGCAAUGUUCAGGGUCGUUGUGUUGUGACAGUUGAUAAGGACUUUGAAGAUUUAUCUGGAUAUCAGUUGGCACCCUGCGGCGACCAGGCGAAGAUACAAAGAGAUAACGUCAGUUUGAAAGAAUUUACAGUCUGCAAACAAACUGAAGCCGACCUCGGCUCGCUGCUACGUGCAAAUGGCACAAAGACAAAGCAGAGCUUAGGCAAGAUUACAACGUUCUGGAAAAGCUCAAGCACUGACAACAAACUUAGUAUGUUAGAGCCUCAGAAGAGAAACGCAGGCGCACUGGGCGGACGCGGGCUUAAAGCAGGGAGAACUCGGGUUACGGUAACCGAAGGCGAAUUCGCGGACGUUUUAGCUUCGAAUUGUACAGGACUGACAGAGCUGGAGAAAUUGCGGAAUUUUUCGGCUUCAAAUGAAGACCUGGAUUUUUCGUGCGACGACGAUGAUGAAUUGUCCUCAUUAACGUCAUCGUCCUCCCUUUCAUCGGAGGUCUUGGAGGCGUGGCUGUGUGAAGAGGACUCGCUUUCUCUCAAAGUGGUAGAAGACGAGACUUGUGGAGUAAACUCAAUUAGUGUUGUCCGAAAAAGUGACAAAAAAUUAAGAGCUCCAGAAACUAAAAUUAAAAGAGUUUCGGAAACUAAAAUCAAAAUGGAGAUGGAUUGCGACAGAGAUAUUUCUAACGAGAAUAUAGCUCGGGAAAAGCAGGAGCUUCACGGUAACGGCGACAGUAAAGCAAUAGAAGAAACCGAUCUUACAUGGGCAGCUCAGAAAUCAGUUUUCUGGACCCUGAAACAUGAAAUUUUAAAUUCGACUGCAAAGUUUUUAAAAAUUAUGACACCUUUGCGGAAGUUCCAGUUUUUCACGAACCAGCAACUCGAAGAACUUGGGAAAACGGGCAACAAUAACCCGGAAAUGUUGUUCAGCGCCAUUGGGGAGCGUAUCGACUCAGACCGAAAUGCGAUGGCCGUUUUUCUUCUCGGGCUUCGAAACCUUAACCCCCAACUUGUGGAGCAAAUUCACCAGCGCGUAUUUUCCAGUGUUGCCAACGCAAAGGUGAAGCCUCUUAGUGUUUCCGGAUUAAAACGUCCAAAUUCUUUAAACACUGAACUUGAAGCUCCCAGCACCUAUAAUAACCACAAUCCCCAAAAGCUCCAGCCUUCCAGUGUUUCCAGCUCGAAAGUAGAUUCACUACCUGGCAACACGAAAAAUCACUUCAAUGCGAACCUAACUGUAUCUGAAUCCAAUGACACGGGACACGAAACGAAAACUACAAGCCAGAACCAAAGACCACGUGAUUUCUCUCGUUUUGGCAACAUACCUACGUCAUCACCGUACUCUCGUCGCCCAUUCACAAUAAACUCCGCCCUUAACCAUGAUCACGUGAUGGACAUCAAACGAAACUACAUUGUCCCGCGGUCGAGCCCCUACUUUUCAAAAGCUUCAAGGCAGACCCAAAAUUACAACCAAUUCCGCGUGGCCGACCCAUUUUCGUCCACCAAGUACAGCCGCAGUGUGGCGCCGAAGAGCACAGAUUGGAAAAGUUUUCCAAAAAAAAGUAUUGAAAAGGAAAAGGUCAAACCUCCGAAAAAAGUCGGAAAAGCGAAGGAUGACACGAUAGAACGCCCUAAGUCGAAUAUUUCGUCGCUUCGUCGUACCGCCUCUUGCCGUACAGUGCAUGAUGACGUAACGAAUAACGACGCCGAUGACGUCACAGUUCCUGAACCCGAAAUAGAUGACGUCAUGAAAAUGAAUGAAAACACUUCGUGCGCUCUCUCGCCCUCUUCCGACGAUAAAGACGUUGUACAUACACUUGCUCAAAAGUUUCAAGACCACUUUACCGAUGCUGACGCAUCAUGUGACGUUACGGGCUGUGAUGACGUCACUCAGUCAUUUAAAGACACAAAUGUGAAUCCUUUCGUUAACGAACUGAUUUGUGCUUGCAUUAUAAGCACUAGGUCAGCGUGGCUAAUCCGAAAAUGUCCGAACAUUCCGGAACGGCUGGUGAUGUUUUCGGAUUCUCUGGUCGGUUUGAACAGUAGCGAUUGUAAUGACGUCAUAAACAAUUGCCCAUUGACGUCACAAUGGUUGAAGACAAUUUGCAAGAAAAAAAUGCCAGAUGAAAAUGAACUGCAACUAAACAAGAAAUCAGAGGACAUUUCAAACAGUAAGAAGACAGAUCUGAAUAACAAUGCUGGAACUGCGGCAACGAAAGCUUCUUUAUCUGACAGUGCUAUGGAAAUGAAAGCAACUUCGCUAAAUUAUGACACCAUAAACUGUGUGAAAAAAACAAACACGGAAGAACGUUUGAAUACUUCAGUGACGGCUUUGACAGACCGGACAAGCCACAUAACAAACCAAGACAGUAAAUGUAUUCAAACCGCUGGUAAUUAUGACGUGCCCGGCCCAUCAAAUGGCCAUAUUGACGUGGUGCAAUGCGCACUUGAAGGUAACGACGCCGCUUCUGUACAUGACAGUCUCUCAAGUUAUGACGCCAUUUUGGUUGCCCCAGGCGACGAGCAAAAGAAAAAAGAAUUCGAAAACGAGAACGCUGAAGAAAUCUCUGCAAGAUUCAAUGCAGAUAUUCAAAACAACGCAGCAGAUACUGUACUAGAGGCCAAAGCAGACGACCCGAUGGUAAAGAGAUCGCUGUCUCAGUUACUGAUCAAGAAGACAGAUAACAACAGAUCAAAAUUGGAAGAUAUUAAAUUAAAUACUUAUAAAUCGAAGUCCCCGUCAAAUAAACCAACAAGGAAGGGCUCUUUUGUCAGUCACGUUUUGUUCCCGAUUUCUACAAGAAAAAACUCAAAGCUUAGAAAUUCUAAAGCCGAAAAGAGCACCGAGUGUAAAGCAGAGGCUAAAACAGACACGAAAGUAGUCAAAACUACUCCAAAGCCAGAGGAAAAUGUUUCAGAGAACUUGACAGCUUUGGGGGUAGAAGAUUCGGCGAAAACUGAAGAGGAAGAAUUGGUUAAAAAUGUAGUUCCAAAAGAAGAUCAACUUGAAGCUGCAACAGAAGAAGAGGACGAAUGCUUUGAAAAUCCUAGCUCAAGUGAAAGUGAGACCGUGAGCGAUGAAGUUAAAGAUAAUUCUAAAGAUUCUGAUCAACUGCAUAAAGGUAUUGCAGAGAUUGGGAACUGUACAAACAGUCAACCGAGCUUGGUUAAAGCGCCAUUAGUCGCAAUACUGUCGAACGGCGGCGGUGCUGUGAACUCAAGCAACAAAAAGAAAGGAGCACGAGUAUCUUUUAGCGAAUUGCCCCCGUUAGAGAUAGAGGUAGGCCGGGCAAAUUUAGAAACCGAGCCGUUAUCAACUUCUUUAAAAGUUCAACCUUUACCAGCUGGUAGUACCGACACAUCUGAAGCAGCAGUUUCGUGUCAAAAACGACCUGUUACCCCGCUUCCCGCGUCGCUCAGUGACAGCCCGUGGUUUGUGCCCUCUGCUGGUCAAAAUCCGGUGAAGAGUAAAAGAUGCAUAACUCCAUCUCCGUCGAAUGAGAUCGAUCAGAUUAAUGAGCUUUUAAUGGAUAUACUGGAAGAGAUAGAAGCGGAGAAUAUUUCCCUAAACCGCUGCCUGGCAGACCUUGUAACGGAAAAGCUACUAACUUCGGAAAUGGCGAAAUCCGUCACCCCAACAUACAGAGAAAAUAGCGACUGUGUGGAGAAUGAUCUUUCGGAGGCAGACCGCGAAAGAGCAGUGGAGAAACUGCUGGACGUUUUAACGAACUUAGGGCUUAUUACUUUAACGAAAUGUCGGAAUUUAAUAUUAGGUCGACUCUGCCAGCUCUCCACCUACGAAGCGUUUGAAAACGCCCAGAAAGCCGCCGCGGCGCUUAAAGUGGACAAUGACGUCACCAAUGACGUAAGCAACUCAAUUUUCGUUGAAGCACCGUCAGCGGAAAAAUUGAAACCAACCGCAAGCGGUAGAAACCCAUCAAGUGAAGAUUCCGAACUUUCCGCCACCGAAUCCGACGAAGACUUUCACGGGUUACGUCACAAGUUAGGACGUCAUCCUAAUGACGUCACUGCUGAUGCGAUAAAAGAAGUAGACGAAGAGGGGCAAGAUGGCUCAGACCCGGUGGCACCUAGCUUGGAGAAAAAAGACGUAAAGUCUGUACUCCCCCUUCUUAUAGACAAUUCGGCGAUCGAACCGAAAAACGUGUGGUCGAUUUUAAGCUCGCAAUCAGAAACUGAACAAAAACAGAAACUUAAGUUUUACUUGCAUAAGUUGAAUGAUGAGAAGCUGAAAUCCCUUUUCCUCACCCCGGACCUUGUCUGGUUGGAAGAGCUAAUGGCGUCUGAUGACGUCCAAUCAGCCGCGCAUCUCCGGAGGCAGCAGGUGAAGAUUUCUCGCGCAUCUUCUGUGAGAAUACCUGUCGCCAAACCCGGAAGUACAGCUUCCGUUUCCCACGCUGUUAGUUUAAUUAACGAACGGUACGCCCCGGUGACGUCACAAACAGAGCGUUGUCAAGACAACAAAUUGAAACGAACUGCAUCGGCAAGAGUGCCGAACAAGAAGUACAAUGACGUCAGGUUGCCAUGGGAGACGACCGAAGAAGAGACGAGUGCGAUCCGGGAGCAAGGGAUGCCUAAUGCAAGCACAUCAUUGGAUGAAUGGUGCAGAGCUAACCAUCUUUGCGACCAAUCAGCAACGUCGUUGCGCUUGAACGGUUUCAAAGACCUUGAAGAGGUGUCACGCAUCAGUGAAGACGGCAUCGAAGACCUAAAAGGGUUGUCCUGGAUACAAAAAGCCAAACUCUGGGUCGCAGUUGAAAAUUUACGCCAUGUUGGAUUGCGCACGAGUUUAAAUUGUAACGAGACAAUAUACAUAAUGUAGACUGUGGGUAUAGUAGGUUGGGGUAAGAUGGUUUAUUGUCCUAUUUGGUAGUGGAUAAAAAAUAUUUACAGAAUAAAAUAUUUUUUACAGAGUAUAGACUCUCGUUUUUUUCGGCCACGCGAGGAUAAAGUUACAUUCAGAAUUAUAAAACUGUAUCCUUGCGAGUUUUAAAUGGGUAUCGUUAUAAGAUAAGUGUUAAAAACACGAAUAAGAAAUACGGGAUAGUAUGUGCUAAUGAUAUCCAUCUUACUUCACACUAAGUUCUGUUUCAAAACCUUUAAUUUGUUUGCAACAUUUACCAAUUUUAUUCUUGAGCCCAUACGAGUUUUAAGAGACAUUUUAUUUUAAACAAUUUAUCUUCGUACUUCUUUAAAACUGCCGCCUAACGUUUAAGCUGAAUAAAAACCCCACAAACAUUAGGUUAUAAAUGCACCUAAAAGUUUUAUUUGUAUAUUCUACAAUAAAUUUUAUUCCGAGUUGCUUUGUAAAUUAUUAUCUCUUUGUACAUUAGUAAGAUUAAUAUUUUUGUUUUUCCAUUUUUUUUCGGCCAUUUUGAAUUUUUUAGGCUAGAAUGAUGUAUAUUGUUUUUUUAAAGCUCUUGAAGUAUAUUACAGAGCAUUUUUGGAAGUGAAUUUUACGAAUGUUCCAAUUAAUGGUGGAAUUUUGAA